AACUGUUACAAACAACAAAGAGUGGAGAGAAACGGCUCUUGUCCUUCCUCUCAACGCACUCUUUUGCAUUCUCUCAAAUUUCCAAUUCUUGCCAUCUCUACCUCCUUCACGAGUUAAACAGAAAACGCGUCUGUGGACUUUCUUGGAUUUUUCUGAAAUCAAAAUCCCAUUUCAAAAAAUCUUGCUAAAUUACCCAUGCUAAGUGCUAUAUUUAGGAUAAGCAACUGAGGGAACCCAAAGUGUUCAAUUCUUCAACUCAUGAUUUAAAGCUAUGGCCCUUCAGUUUAGCUGGGUUGAAAUGAAGAUGAAGGCAUUUUUUUGCUUCGUGUUUGUGUUAAUGGUGCCUUUAUAUGGCAGCGCAGCCAGAUUGAGCAUGGAGAAUCUUGAAGUUAAGAAGCACUUGAACAGUCUGAACAAGCCUCCUGUCAAGUCCAUCAAGAGCCCAGAUGGUGAUAUCAUUGACUGUGUUCAUACGUCUAACCAACCAGCAUUUGGUCACCCUUUACUUAAAAAUCAUACAAUUCAGAUGAGGCCUAAUUAUCAUCCAGAAGGCCUCUUGGGAGACAAAAAAGUGGGAAAAAUUUUUGAAGGGCCAAAGCUAAUUACUCAGUUGUGGCACAAGAAUGGGAGAUGCCCUGAGGGAACAAUUCCAAUUAGAAGAACAAAGAAAGAGGAUUUGUUGAGAGCAAGUUCAAUUAAGAGCUAUGGCAAGAAAAAUCACAGAAGCAUCCCUAAACCAAAGUCUGCUGAUCCUGAACCUGACCUUAUCAACCAAAGUGGUCAUCAGCAUGCUAUAGCCUAUGUUGAGGGAGACAACUAUUAUGGAGCAAAGGCCACCAUAAAUGUGUGGGAUCCUAAAACUCAACAACCAAAUGAAUUCAGCUUGUCACAGAUUUGGAUUUUGGGAGGUUCAUUUGCGUCGGAUUUGAACAGUAUUGAGGCCGGUUGGCAGGUUAGUCCAGAUUUAUAUGGAGAUAACAACACAAGGCUUUUCACCUAUUGGACAAGUGAUUCUUAUCAAGCCACGGGCUGCUACAACUUGCUGUGUUCAGGCUUUAUUCAAAUCAAUAAUGAAAUAGCAAUGGGGGCAAGCAUCUACCCUAUUUCUGGCUACCACAGUUCCCAGUAUGAUAUCAGCAUUCUUGUCUGGAAGGACCCCAAAGAAGGAAACUGGUGGAUGCAAUUUGGGGGUGAGUAUGUACUGGGAUACUGGCCAGGAUAUUUAUUUUCGUACUUAACAGAUAGUGCAACAAUGAUAGAAUGGGGAGGAGAAGUAGUGAACUCAGAAUCAGAUGGACAACACACCACAACACAAAUGGGGAGUGGCCAUUUCCCUGAAGAAGGAUUUGGCAAAGCCAGUUAUUUCAAGAAUAUUCAAGUAGUAGACGACUCAAACAACUUAAGGCCUCCAAAAGACAUUGACACUUUCACCGAGCAGUCAAAUUGCUACAAUGUACAACUUGGCAAGAAUAAUGAUUGGGGCAAUUAUUUCUACUAUGGAGGCCCUGGUCGAAACCCUAAUUGUCCAUGACAGUAUACUAGGAAAUAUUUUGAAUUUCUAUGUAAAACCCAGUGUAGAAAUGAGGUUUCAUUGUUGGUUUUGUUCCUCCAAAACCAUUCUUUGAGGAUUGAUUAGUAGUAAAAGGUGAAUCUGUUCUUUAUGUAUUAGAAGGUUUUGCUUCUAUUAACAUAUCCACAUUAAUGUUGGAAAUGAGUGGUGUGAGGGGUGAAGUUUCUUUUUUUAUGUAAAGUUAUUUUAUAAUAAUUCCAAAUUGGAGUGAUUGAUUAUCAUUU